UUCACGAUCGUGUGACACGCUAUAAGCAGCUGGAGGUAGGUCGGUCACGGUGGUUCCGUCAAGGGAGAUCGAUCCCAAUUGCCACGAGGCGAGAGACGCGUCGAAAGUCAAACCAAAAUCAAGAAAAGGAAGGACGAACGUCUCAUGACAGAGGGUUAGCUCAGAACAUCGUCGCUUCGUUCUUCAUCACUGCUGUUGGAUCUCUACUCGAUCAGCCCUUUAUCAGCACAACUACCAAGAGGCAGGUAUCAUGGGAUUGGCAAUGCACGAGUUUCCACCUCCACCUCGGUCGAGCAAGGAGAAAUUGGUCAACGGUACUGGCCAUGUCGAGGAUCAAGUUCCUGGUGGAUUGACACCUUCUCAUUCGAUGGACAUGGACAUUGUCGCGGAGAGCAGUACCAGCGGUAGAAUAAUACAUGAGAUGGAUGUGAAUGAGACAUACCUCCCAGUCUUACACGUGGAAGUUAGACUUCGUCCAGGAUCAAAUAUUCAGUCUGGCCAUCUUCGACAGAUUGUCUCGAGCUACAUACAAUCCAAUCAUGAUAUCCUUGUCCCUGAGACAUUACUGGAAGGCUGGGAAGACGUUGAUAUCCUUCAGAGACGAGUAGACAGGAUAUGGAUCGCAGAGCGGAGUGAUGGCUCCUCGUUACCGAUUCCAAGUUCUGACGUGGAGCUCGGAGUUUACAUCUACACGCCAACGCUGGGUGUUCAGACUGAAGAUUUUGGGGCGGAUACUGAAGACCGAGACGAGGAAGAGGGAGACCAUGUCCCCGCUGCUACGGUGAAAGAGCUUCCGGCUCCCGAUAUCGAUGGAUUAUGGGACAACCUGAUAUACUCGGACGAUCUGAAGGAACGAUUGUUACGGUACAUCUUCGCCACGAUGCGUUUUGCAGAUGCAGGAAUCGACUCGAAUGUCAUAUCGUGGAACCGAAUGGUCCUGUUACAUGGACCUCCGGGGACAGGCAAGACGAGUCUGUGUCGAGCGUUGGCACAAAAGCUCUCCAUAAGGCUGUCCGAAACAUACUUUAGAGGCAAACUUGUCGAGAUCAACUCUCAUUCACUGUUUUCAAAAUGGUUUUCAGAGUCUGGCAAGUUGGUCCAAAAGCUUUUUACAACGGUAGAAGACAUGGCUUCGGACCAGGAGACCUUUGUGGUCGUUAUGAUUGAUGAGGUCGAGAGUUUGACGGCUGCGCGAGCGGGAGCCAUGACGGGGAAUGAACCGAGCGAUGCAGUUAGGGUGGUGAAUGCUCUUUUGACCGGCUUGGAUCGGUUAAAGCCGUACAAAAACAUCCUCGUCAUGACAACCUCCAACAUUGCCGGCGCCAUUGAUCCCGCAUUCGUCGAUCGAGCCGAUAUUAAAGAGUUUGUCGACUAUCCUCCUCCCCAGGCUGUGUACAUGAUUCUUUCUGCUUGUCUAACAGAAAUAAUGGGUAAAGGGCUGGUCCAACGACAAGACAUCGCACCAUGGGCUUCGCUCGCGGGAUCUCGGAUAAACGGCGCUGGCGCGAGCGGUAUGUCUCCCAGUGCAACACUAAAGCACCUCGCUAUCCAAUGUCAUAAAUACACCCUUGCGGGAAGGUUUCUCCGACGUCUACCUGUCCUUUCUUACGCCCGAUACCUCGCUGCGACUCUCCCGCCAAGCGAUCAUCGACCAUUGCCUUUGUCUACGUGGCUCUCAGCAAUGGAACGGGUCAUACAGGAUGAACAGAGAUCCAGGACGGUCAUCGCGGAGGCUGAAGGUCAUAGAGGGGACAAAACUGGUAUCACAAAGGUCAAGGUGGAUGCAGAAAACUGAUCAUUCGUCUGCACACAUCACAUGUAUCUGCUUAGCAUCUGGGUCAUACAGCUGUAGAACUUGAUGAGUGCCUCUACUGAUGCAGUUGUCUGUGCUUUG